CGCAUCGUUGACCGGUGGUUAAGAAUCGCUGUUCAUGCGCGAAUGAAGUGAUUCACAAAAACGUCUUCGACUGAUACGGGAAGACAGCGAGGCGGCGAAGCUGUGUAGCGACGAAAGGUCGAAGAGCAAGAGGAAAAUUGUCUCCUCGCUUCUAGCUAUCGAUAAAUCGCUCGGCAGCAAUCUUUGCCCUCAGAAUCGGUCCAAGAGCUCGUAAAACCGUUAAUACGUCACGCAAACGUUAGGCCGCGGCCGAGGGAUUUGUUGUUUCGUCCCGCCUUUUGCAUUUCGUGUCUCUUGUUGUUACGCUAUGCGCUACCAUCCACAAAAGUAGAUCCAAAGAAUGAACGAUUAGAUAGAUGGAUCUUUCGAGCAUCGGAAUCUCUGUUUCAGCUUUCCACGAACUAGUACAAACCGGAAAUCUGACAGUACCGGGCGGUGGUCCUAUUGGCCGAUUAUCGAGGCUUCCUUCGUUCGAUGCAACGUUAUCGUUGCAUUUGUUUCGAUUCGUUGCAUUACGGGUGUUAAUUCCGCAGAAAUGUUCGCAUUAGGUAUCGGAUCGAACAGGAACGAGCAAUAGAAAUAGGUAGAGAUAAGAGUCGCGAUCACUAUAUCGUUAAUAAGGGUACAGAAAGGUUUUUCGUUUCGUUUGGGUAAUCUUCGGGUUCUAUUGGUUGGCCGCUGCACCCGACGCCGCGGCGUAAUCUUUGUAAAACGGGUGAAAAUGACAUUUGGCCAACACACCUGCUAGAAAACGAAAAAGUCUUGGUUGGUGAAUUUUUUUUUUUUUUAGAAAUGGUAAAAAUCAUUUUCGACCCGUCUACCUACGGUAGCGUGGACAAUUUAUACUAAUUAUAUAAACUAAAAAUCAUUUUGUUCGCGUCGCGACGCUAUACGCGUUCCUUUUUUUUUUUCUUUACCGAUAGAUCGACUGAUUACGUUUGAAUUCUGUUUCAGAACCAGCAACCGAAAUGCCGGCCACCCAGACUGUUUGCAUAGCGGUGCUACUAGUCGUUGCCCUUCUGUUCGACAAAUGUUUCGGGUAUCCACUGACCAGACUAAAAAUAGAAUCAGAGAUACCCUGCGAGGAACGUGUCUGUGGAAACAAGUGCAACGAUUGUCCAGCCGGUUUCACGUACUCAUCUUUUUGCGGCGGGAAAGUGUGCAAAAAGGUCAGUAAUCGAAAGGUCAGUAAUCGAAAGGGACUCGGUGAGAUAUGCGGAGGACUGGCGAAUAUGUACGGCAUUUGCGGCGAAGGUAUGUUUUGCAAAUGCAACAGGUGCGCGGGGUGCAGCGUAAUGGACCUAAACUGUAUGCAAGAACAGCAUGACUGUACGAUCCACGAAAAUCCAUUCGACUAUCGAGUACCGCCGAUGGAAUCGUAAAGUUCUGACUAUGUCGUUAGCCGGACGGAUUACCUGAUUACCGAAACGAGAUAUUUAAAUAUUGUUAAAUUAGGCAAGUUCGGGGGAGUACCCGAGGGCUUGAAAGUUUUAUUUAAUUAUGGUUAUCGAAUACACGCGCGAUCUAAUGAUAGAGAAACUAUUACGACGAUUAUUACGAUACGGAUCGAAAGUCCGGAUCAACGUCGGACGAAGACUGACACGAAAGAAGCGAAACAGGACGCGGAUGACCAGAGAUGAUGGGAAGCGAACGAAAGCGGAACAGGGAUGAACAGAAACCAAAGGCUGACAAAGAGAAAAAGACAGAAAGAGAGACGGUUAAAGGUGGAAACAAAUUUUCGAAACAGCGCUUACCAAUCGUCGAAUUUACAUUUAUCCGAGCGAUACAUUUAUUUGCAUUUUUUACCAACUACAAGCUAAAAAACCCUGCAGCUUCGCUCGAAGAAAUUUUUAUUCGGUGUUGACAUAAUAAAAACCCAAUUAUGGAAAAUAGUAUAUCUAAUCGGACACGUAUUCAUUCUUAUCUUUCACACGUUUCACCCCUUUAAGGGAGUGUUUCCACUGUAAAACGCAUUGAUUACGGUACAAUGAACGAUACGGUAGAAAACUUCCUUGAACCGACAUAAAAUAUUUUCCAGGCAAACUUUUCUACGUUUGGACGUUUCGAAAAAGAAAGUAGUCGUACCAUGUAUCAACCCAUACUCUGUAUUACGUAAAUAAAAAACGAGGCGAAAGAUUCGACCUGGUUGCUUAAAAACUUCAUUUCAUACGUUUCACCCCCCCCCACGCUGUUGUCUUUUCUUUUCCCUCCGCUCUAUCUUUAUCGCGCAUAUACAUUUCCAUUCUUUCAAAGUAAUUUUCAUCAUAAUUUUACUUUCGUACAAACUUGAAGCAACUCGCCCCCCCCCUCAUUCGAUAUAAAGGGGACUCUACGCGACGAGACAUGCCUCGAAGCAUUCGAGACAAUUUAGAAUUAUUUUCUAUGCUCCGGCGCAUAAUUUAGGCGACAUCGUAUACAACGGUCGCAUACCGCGCCAGCUUAUCGUUGUGUGUUUCUGUGUCGCUUGAUAAAUGGACCUUAACAUUUUGCCGGCCACCGUCACGUGUACGUGAUUUUACUGUUUCAGUCACCGUCGUCAUCCAUUCAAUUUAUUGCGUUUAUUCAGGUUCAAGUUCUAUCUCCUAUGCUCGUUACGAUAUCUCUAUAUUUAUAAUUCCUUAUAAUAAUAUUCUCGGGUGUCCGCGUGCGCCUCACUUUGGCCUAUCAAUAGCCAAGCUCUUCGCGUUCGAAUUGAUCGACGAUUCUUCAAAAAACGAUCGAUAGCGUAUCGAGUUAAAUUUAUAAACGAGUCGAUCGGAAAUUUCACUUCCCAUGAAUCAUAGUUCAGGAAUAGUUUCCAAACGAAAGUCUACAGAAAAUUAAUAUCUCUUUGCGAUAAAACUUCCGAGUAUUUAUAAACUGUCGAAUAUGUCGGAUCGAAAAAUAGCUCGCGUCGCGUGAAACGCGCGACCGUACAAGUGUUAAGGAUAAAACCGCGCGCACAAAGUACACCCCGAAAGCGGUAUGGCAACGCUUCCUCUAAAAUUGUUCGCGCGCGUAGCGAUUUAGUUUUAGAAACGACGGAACUAUUGUAUAUAGCCGGUUCUUUCUUUGCAUACCUCAAAGAUUCGCAUCGAAGGCAGAAAGAAUAUCGAAGGGGACGGUCCUGUACGACGUCACUGCGGAAUAUUUGUAUAAAAAGAGAAAUGGGGGGGAAAAGAACGAGAUAUCACAUUCCGAGCUUCGUCGGGACUCAACUGUCGGACGGUUUGAAAUUAACUGGUUGCUCGACAAAUAUUUUCGCGCUUGCAAUAGCAGUGUCAAUGUCGUUGCCAACAUCGUCGGUAGCUACCGAUGCUAUUUCGAUUGUUCCCCAAUAAUUAUGGAUACCAUUCGCCGCGAAGGGAUCACUGGCGGUGCGAACGCGACGAUAUGGCGACAACGAUCGACGUAAA